AUGAGCAACCACCGACACAAUCUCACCGCCGAGGCAAAAUCAGCCAUGAUAGCCAAUCUCGAGCUCGAGCUAGAUGCUCGCAAAGAGAAGCUCAGAGCCCAAUGCGAGGCCCAAUGCGCCUCCCUAGAAUCGCGUCUCGAGCGCCGCAUCAACAGAAUCCCCCCAGCCAAACGCCAGGCCAUACUAUCCGAGAUCCUCGCCGGCCCGGCUGCACCACCUCCUCCUCCUCCACAACACACGAUUGUGCCGGCCAAGGUGACGAAAAAUACUGGCCAGAAGAAGGCGGCGGCUGCAAAGGGUCGCGUCCCGACUGCCACUGCAACCACGGCUGCCAAGCGCGCUGCUGCUGCCACCACAGCCACCAACACGACGCGUGCGACGCGCGCCGCUGCUCGCACCCGCGAGGUGCUUUCACCCAAGACGGAUAACGCCAAGCCCAAGACGGCUGCGCGUACAGUGAAGCCUAGAUAG